GUACACCACCUCCGGGGCCGUUCUGAUAUUUUUUUUUCUUUCGUCGUGGCAUUGCAAUCGCUUCCAUUGCUCAAUCUCAUCUCCUGCCCUCCUUAUCACACGCCCCCUCUUGUCCUCUUGCCACUACGCAUCGACAAGAACCUCUGCACCACAAUGCGUUCCACGCUCGUUGCGGCUGCGGCCCUGGUGUCAGGUGUCGUAGCAAAGAAGAACUGCUGCAGCAAGACCAUCAAGAAGGAUGUGGCUGUCAUUGGCGGUGGUGCUUCUGGCUCUCAUGCUGCUGUCUGGCUGCGCGACCACGGCCGCACCAACGUUGUCAUUGAGAAGGCUGAACAACUCGGUGGCCACACAAGCUUUUACAAGGACCCCGUCUCUGGCAUGGACAUCAAUGUCGGUGUCCAAGGUUGGAUGGAGUAUGAGAACGGGUACAACUUCCCCCAUCGCAUGGGCAUCCCGACCACCGGUUCCAUGUCCUUCACGCCCAACCAGAACUACUUUAUCGACUUUGCGUCAGGCGAGCCCGUCGAGGGCUACCAGGCCCCUGCUUCCGACGCCAUGGUCGCUGCUCUCCAGAAGUAUCUCGAGGUCCUCUACAAGUACGAGGAUUAUCUGCUCCCUGGCUUCGAGAACUUCCCAGAACCUGAUGCCAUCCCGGAGGACCUGACCAUGCCCUUUGGCGACUUUGUCGUCAAGUACGGCAUCGAGGCUGGUGUCCCCCAGAUCUGGGACGCCACCGCCCAGGGACUCGGCAACACCAUGGAGGUCGCCACCAUGUUCGUCAUGCAGGCCUCCGGCGUCCCCAUGAUCGAGGCGUUCCUCGGCACCGCGCAGUCCGCUCUUCCUCCCUCCGGCCGUCUGUACGACCUCUACGAGGCCGUGGCCGACUUCCUCGGCGAGGACGUCCUGUACAACAGCACCGUCGUCAAGGCCACCCGCGAGGAAGGCAAGCCAAUCAGCCUCCAGGUCCAGGACCACGGCGACGGCAGUAUCACCUGUGUCGAGGCCAAGCGCCUUCUCAUCGCCAUCCAGCCUACCAUGGGCGCCAUGAAGGCCUUUGAUCUCGACCAGCAAGAGAACGACGUCUUCGACAAAAUCGGCUACUCCACCGUCUACGCUGGUGUUCUCCGCCACCCCUCGCUCAAGCCGCUCAACGCCUAUUCCCACCGUCUCCCAGGCCCUGCCUCCCUAAAUUACACCGACUUCCCUGAGGCUGCGCAGGUCGGUCGCAUGGACUACCUCGGCGGAACGGAGGAUCUGUAUCAGUUCACUGCCGUCGGUACCGACCAGGACACCCCGGAGAGCAUGAAGGCGCUCAUCGCCGAGUCCAUCGACACCAUGAUGGCCGCUGGCACCAUCCCUGAGUCGGAUGGCGAGGUCACGUUUGAGGCGUUUGCCAACCACGGCCUCAUGCACCCCCGCGUCUCUGCCGAGGAGCUCUAUGACGGUUUCAUCCAGAAGCAGGUCGCUCUCCAGGGACACCGCGAUACCUGGUACACCGGUGCGGCCUUUUCCGCUGGCUUCUCGACCGUGGUGUGGGAGUACAAUGAGAAGGUCCUGCCUGAUCUCGUCAGGGGGUCUUACUAAUGUGUCGUGGCGGCAUGAUAAUAGACUAUAGAAUAGGAUCGGUAGUAUCAAUAAUGCACACAACGUUCUGUGCUUGGUAGAUUCUCCCACCGAGUAAUUUGGGUACGGAAACCUCCUUAUUGAGGAACAGCCGCCUGAUUGCUCGCAAUGCCUGCGCGUUUUCUUUCCGUGAUGCAAGUGAGGCCUCCCGACUUUUCGGGUGCUGGACUUGGCCGUGCCAAGGAAAGAGAAUUCGUGGAGUUAAUAGUAAGGCGAGGCAAACAU